CAAGCUCACUAAUGGCAAAAACAAACGAAACACCUGAAGGAUCAGGCCGUACACGUCCCAGAACCACAGAUCAAAGGCCUUGUGAAGCACUGAACACUCUGGUUUUCGUUUGAAAUUCAGAAAACCAAAGAAGUGGGAAAACUGAAAUUUGAAAAUUUGAAUCUGAAACUCCCCAUAUCCAGAUCGGAUCCACCAGAGAGGUUGAAUGCAGGCUAAUUCUCAGAAGACAGAGCACAGCAGAAUAAACACCAGCUGGAAAGAGAGAACGGGCCCUCAAUUCACUAUCGCUAUCGAUCACACCUGGAAGUUCCUCGCAAGAAUCUGUGACGAGAAACCCAAGCUCCCACAUCUCAAAUGGGCCCCCCACCCCACUAAUCGCUCGCUGAUGACUCCAUUCGCACUUCAAUCAUCAAGAACCAGAGCAGUAAUCGCACCUUAAGGCAGCAGAAUGUGACGGAACUCACCCCCUGCGAGAGCUUCUCUCUCUAAACCUUAAGGCCGGCCUUUUAACUGUUUAUUACUCUAGUUGGAGAAAGCUGCGGGCUUGUGGCUGUGGGAAGGCCAAGAAAGAAAAUGGCUCAUCCCACGAUGAGGAAAAAAGCUCAGGUCUCAUGGAAGAAAAUACAGGGAUUGCCUGGCUUGACAUGGAAAACGAUCAAGAAAGUUGGAAAGGAAGAUCCAAGGAGAGUGGUUCACUCCCUCAAAGUUGGCUUAUCACUCACACUGGUUUCAUUGCUGUAUCUAAUUCAGCCACUGUUCAAAGGUAUCGGCGAGAAUGCCAUCUGGGCUGUGAUGACUGUGGUUGUGGUUCUUGAGUUCACUGCAGGAGCAACUUUGUGCAAAGGAUUGAACAGAGGGGUGGGGACGAUCAUGGCCGGUGCGCUGGCAUUUCUGAUCGAGUACGUCACGGAAGAGUCUGGCAGGGUUUCCGGCGCUGUUUUCAUCGGAGCGGCGGUAUUUCUCAUCGGAACUGCAUCGACCUACGCAAGAUUCAUUCCCUACAUAAGAAAGAACUACGACUAUGGCGUUUUGGUGUUUCUGUUGACGUUCAAUUUGAUAACGGUGUCGAGCUACAGAGUGGACGACAUCCUGAAACUGGCCCGAGAGCGGUUUUACACCAUCGCCAUCGGCUGCACCAUCUGCUUGUUCAUGACUUUAUUGGUUUUCCCAAAUUGGUCAGGGGAAGACCUCCAUAAUUCCACCGUUUCCAAGCUUCAAGGACUGGCAAAAUCGAUUCAGGGUUGCGUGAAUGAAUACUUUAAUAACGAGGAGAUAGAAGAAAGCAAAGAAGGAGAAUACUCAGAAGAUCCAAUCUACAAGGGCUAUAAGGCAGUUCUUGAUUCUAAAUCUACUGAUGAGACCCUGGCAACGCAUGCUAGUUGGGAGCCGAGGCGGUCAAGGAACUGCAGCUUUCCAUGGCAGCAGUACGUGAGGGUGGGCGCUGCCAUUCGCCACUUUGCCUACGCAGUUGUGGCUCUCCAUGGCUCUCUGCAAACUGAGAUUCAGACGCCAAGAGCAGUCCGUGCUCUAUUCAAAGAUCCAUGCAUGAGACUGGCAGCAGAAGUAUCCAAAGCUCUACUGGCGUUCGCUGAGAGCAUAAGAACCCGCCGCCAUUCCUCCACAGAAGCUAUCUCCCAUCGUCUUCACGAAGCCUUGCAAGACCUCAACGCCGCCCUCAAGUCUCAGCCGCGGCUCCUCCUCGGCCCAACCGCCGCCUCCGUCUCUCUGCAACAAUCCCCAAGGACCCCAACAGCCACCCAGCAGAAUGCAUCUGCAUCUUCAUCUCAAUCAACGCCGAAGCUGAUCAAAGCGGAUAAGAGGGCAGCGGAGAAUGCCUUGGGGCCGACGCUGAGCAAGAUCGCCAGCAGCGGCCUGGAGUUCUCAGAGGCGCUUCCUUUUGCUGCCUUUGCUUCUCUGUUGGUGGAGGCGGUGGUGAGGCUCGAUCUUGUCAUGGAGGAGGUGGAGGAGUUGGGGAGGGUGGCCAGCUUCCGAGAGUUGAAGCCCGGCGAUGAAGAAGAAGUAGAAGUGGUGGUUGUGACUACUGAGAGGCCCGGAAUGGACAACGGCGGCAUUUUGCAGAACAAUUUGGCUUCCCAUGGAGCAGAAUAGCGUAAGAAACUGAUAUAUAUUUUACUAUGAAUAUACAGAGAGAGAUAGAGAGAGAGAGAGAGAGAGAGCUUAAAAGGGCUGCGUAUUUGGUGAGAACUAAUUGAUCGAUGAAUCUGGAGAGUUACAGUUUUGGUUAAUUAGUGCAGGCUUGUAAAAAGGAAAAAUCUUAUAAAUUAUUAUAUGAAAAUUGAAGAGUGAUAUAUUAUAUAUAUACAUAUAUUUAUAUAUUAA